ACGCAGUCAGCUCUGUGACGUACCUCAGGCCACUGCUGUACUGUUAGCAUUCUUCGCACAAGGCAAAAAGAUGAGCCUGAAGUCGGAGCGUCGAGCAAUUCACGUUGACCAGUCAGAGUUGCUGUGUAAGAAAGGAUGCGGUUACUAUGGUUUCCCAGCAUGGCAGGGAUACUGUUCCAAGUGCUGGAGGGAGGAGUAUCAGAAAGCUCGACAGAAACAGAUCCAAGAGGACCGUGAACUUGCAGAACGAUUGCAGCGGGAGGAGGAGGCAGCGUUUGCCAGCAGCCAGGGUGCUCAAGGGGGGCAACCUUCACUCACCAAUUUUUCCAAAUUUGAAGAAAAGAAAUCCAAUGAGAAAGCUAGAAAAGUGACUACAGUAAAGAAAUUCUUCACUGCCUCAACCAGGAGUCUACCAAAGAAAGUGGCUGAAGAAAAGCCUAUUAAGGCAGGCCAGGUGGGGAGGGAACGCAAUGCAGAUAUUCUCAGGGACUUGAAGGGUUUUUUUGGCCCUCCCUGGGAACUGACCUCUCCUGCAGAAGAUAUAAAAGAAGGAAAAGCUCCCAGCCCAUCUCUCAGGCGGCAGUACAGCAUUGAGACUGAUCGCGUUUCCAAAGAUUUUGCUGAGUUUUUAAAGACCUACCACAAAGCAGGACAUGAAGUAUACAAACAGUGUAAAAUCUUCUUGGAUGCAAUGCUUCAAAAAAGGGAAUUAAACAUUGAGGAACAAUCUGAAUACACACAAGACUUUUAUCAAAAUACAGCAGAUAGAUUACAGAUGUACUGGAAAGUAUCACCUGAUAAAGUUGAAAAAGCGAUGGACCAGAUAGAGAAGUUCAUUAUGACUCGACUGUACAAAUAUGUAUUUUGUCCGGAAACCACAGAUGAUGAGAAGAAAGAUCUUACUAUCCAGAGGAGAAUCAGGGCUUUGCAUUGGGUGACGCUUCAGAUGCUCUGUGUUCCAGUGGAUGAGGACGUUCCUGAAGUUUCCGAUAUGGUAGUGAAGGCAAUAACUGAUAUCAUUGAGAUGGAUUCCAAACGGAUUCCCCGUGACAAGCUUGCCUGCAUUACACGGUGCAGCAAACAAAUCUUUAAUGCCAUAAGGAUCACAAAAAAUGAGCCAGCAUCAGCCGAUGACUUCUUGCCCACUCUCAUCUAUAUUGUUCUGAAGGCAAAUCCACCACGUUUGCAGUCCAAUAUUCAGUAUAUCACUAGAUUUUGUAACCCCAGCAGGCUGAUGACUGGAGAGGAUGGUUACUAUUUCACUAAUCUGUGCUGUGCUAUGGCUUUCAUAGAAAAGCUGGAUGCUCACUCAUUGAAUUUAAGUGAAGAAGAGUUUGAUAGAUAUAUGUCUGGUCAAAUGUCCCCAAAGAAGCAAGAAUCCGACAUCUGGCCACCUGACACCUGCCCUGGAGUGAAGCAGAUGCACAGAAACAUGGACUUACUGUCACAGCUCUCAGAGAGGCAGGAUCGCAUUGUGAUUGGGGCUAAGAAAUUAGAGAAGGACCUUAUUGACUGGACAGAUGAAGUAACUCGAGAGGUCCAGGACAUUGUAGACAAGUAUCCACUGCGCAUUAAAACAGUUGGACAGACCCUAGCAGCUAUUGAUUCUGAGAAUGUAGAGGAUGAUAGAUUGCCUCCACCACUGCAACCACAAGUAUAUGCUGGAUAACAAGCUAAACACAGGAUGGUCCACACACAACCACUCCUCAGAUGUGUACAGCUCAGUGUCGCACUUGGAGCAACACAGGGGAAGUUCAUUAAACCUAAAGAAAUACAUGGUUUAAAAGCAAUUUUUAUGGUACACUCUUGUUUUUUUGUGGUUGUUUUGCCUUCUAAAAUUAUUUAUUAGCAUAAGACUCAAAGGUCAGUCCUUUUUUAAGGAACAACAAACCACUAAUAUUGUACAUUAAACAACAAAUGCAAUACCUCCUUUUUAAUUGGACAUUUCAUAAACACAUUAUAAGAUUUGUCCUGCCUCAUAAUAGUCUUUUUAUCCCAUAAUAAUGCUCUAUUGCAUUGAACUUCAAUAACUCACUCAGGAAUAGGCAGUUCAUAAGCCAUUGGCCCAACACUUCAGAAUAAAGUUGUCGGAAAAAACACCUGAAUUUGAAGACUGACCAUCACAAAUCCAGUUGGAAAUUUCUUAAAUGGACUAGGUAUUCUAUAAAGUGUGUUUUGUCUUUUUUUUUUUUUUUUCUUCUUUUAACAAUAGGCAGUUUUAAAAUAACAAAGUUGCUAAUGUGAUAAUUGAUGAAAGUACUUAAUUUGGUAUCUUUGCCCCCAAAAAUAAGUUCUCUAUUUAUAUUUCAGUGGCUUCACCAGCCUUCACGUCAACAGAUCUUAUACAGCUGAUUUCCUCUUUAAACCCUUAACGACAGCAACGUACCAUGUACUUUGCCUGUCGUUAAGGGUUACCUUGUUAAUAAUAGCGAGGAUCAUUAAAGGGUACAGGUGCUGUCAUGCAUCAUCAAACUAUAAGAGACAUCAAAAUUCAAAGAAAUACAUUUCUCAGUCUUAAAAUAAGUUUUCUUUUAUAUUUUAGUGGCAUGUGUGUAUAUGUGUGUGUGUAUAUAUAUACACACACACACACACACACGUGUAUAUUUGUGUGUGUGUAUAUAUAUAUAUAUAUAUAUAUAUAUAUAUAUAUGUGUAUAUAUAUAUAUAUAAUCUAAGAAAUGUAUUUGAUGGUGCACAAGCAUAAAGGAUCUUCUCUAAAAAAGGGAGGGGGAGAUGAAUAAAGAUUAAACUGCUCUAUAUUGAUAGAGCAAUUCAUAUGUAUGUCUCUUUAAAUGGUGAGCUUAUCAUAGUGUUAAUAAUUAUCAGAAGUGAAUAUAUUUAUAUAAGACUAUACUAAAAAAGACAGGAUUGUACACUAAAUUGUUGCUGUUUAAGUUUUCCCCAUAUUUAAUUUUGUUGUGGAAAAUUUACUUUGUGUGAUAUACUAUUUGCUUUGUACAACAUACUACUGCUUAUAAGCUAAGCAGGUGAUCUCCAGCAAGGUCCUUAUGUAGAUCUAUUGUGUAAGUUAUGAGAGAACAAGACAUCAUUUUUUUCUAAGCAUAACAACCCAUGAGAAAAUAGAGGCUGAUCAAUUAAGUGAUUGCUCUUCCGCACUCUUUCUUGGACCAGAUGUAUUACUUUGUUUAUACUUGUUAUUUGAAAAUAGUUUAUUUUUUUCUGUAAAACUUGUACACUGUAAAUAUUUAAAUCACAUGUUUAUUUAGAUGCAUGCUAUUGGUGUUCAUAACUUUUUAGUCGGUUGUGGAUUAUACGGAAAUGAGUGAUAAGCCUGUUUAUAGCAAAUCUAGUAUAGUAAAGAGGUUAUUGUCAUUUAUUUCUGAAGAGGUUUACGCUGUUAAUCUAAGUUUGAUGAAGAACCACAUACAAAUAUUAAUAAAACACCUGAGUGCCUUUUGUUGACCAGCACAAAGAGGGCUGGCACUCUGGAAUGCUCAUAAUGGUGUCUGUGCAGUGGAAACUGAUGACUUUGGUGUCUACACAUCAAGCGUAUAAUUGCUCCAGGACUAUACAAUUACUAAAACAACAUAACGUCUAAUAAAUGCUGUAGGCUUAAUAAUGCCAUUUUAUGCAUUUGCUUAAAAUCCAAAUUUACUAGACUUGCAAAACAUGUAUAAAUGGUACAAUGUAAAUGAAAAUGAAUUUAGUGUAAAAUGUAAAUUUAAAAAUGUGUAAUCUGGUUGUAUAUUGCUGAUUUACUAAAAUAGUGCAUGUUAACAUUUAAAAAUGUAGCUUGAUAUUUUGUAAAUUAUAUUUUCUCUAUUAAUAAUUACAAACAUAGAGGACACUCCCUUGUAUAUUGGUGAUUCAGAACCUUGAAUAGAAAACCUGUUAGAAUAUGGAACAAGAUUGCUGUCAAAAAGCCAAUUGUGUGUAAUUCUUUAUCAUUGUGACGACACAUUUUUCUUUUUUUGAAAUGCAAUAUUUUUUGGGGGGGAAAUACACUUCCAGCAUGUGUCAAAACACUGUCAAAAAAGAAAUGCUAGUUCCCAUUUUGCUAAAGGACUUAUGUCUCAGCAGUCUGUUUUGCUUUCAAUUAAAUGUGGAGAAAUGCCUGAGAAAAUGAAUAUUCCUUAGUACAUUUUUUUGUAAAAAAAAAAACACUGCAGAUUUAGCACUUUAGGCAUGUUAAAGCAUGGUGUAUGGUAUAAUUACAUUAUUGUAUAAAACAAACAGAAUAAGCACUUGAUGUAUGGUAAAUGACAACUUAAAAAAACAUUCUGAAAGAAGAUCACAUACUACAGUGAGUUUUCCUGCUGCCAUGAAAAUUGUAAUUAAAACAUUAAAAUCAAUAUAUUGUAUUGGGUUGUAUUAUGCAAAUGAGAAUAAAUGUUUAAAAGUUUACCUCAGAUGCUGAUGUGCUGGGGUUGUCAGCUAUUUUUCCACAUUUAAUUGAAAGCAAAGCAAUUGCUAGUACUCAGUCAACAGGCUGAAAUUCUUGUAGUGACAUAAGUCAUUUAGCAAAAUGGGAAGUAGCAUUUAUUUUUGACAGUAUUUUCAAUCAUACUAGAAGUAUAAUCCCCCCCAAAAAUAAAAAAAAUUACUUCCAAAAAGAUUUGUAUUCUAAAAAUAAAGAAGAAAGAAAAACAAAUUGUAUUUGCAAAUUUAGAUUUGUAUCCAGAUGUCACAAUUUAUGUACAAUGAUAAAGAAUCACGCAUACUUUUUGAUAGCAAUCUUAUUCCAUACUAAAAUUACUUCUCAAAUUUAAAGGGGAAACACACACAUUAUUCAUUAGUAUGCUAAUAAAGUAAAUAUAAGCCAUGACUGAUGUUUUAUAA